UUUCAUAUUUCGCCGUGGAGUUGAUGUACAGGCGUGUUUGGAUGCCCAUAACAGCUUCCGAUCCCAGCAUGGCGCAAAGCCGCUAAAAUGGGACGAUUACUUGGCCAAGCACGCACAAGCCUGGGCUGACUCAUUGGCGGCUAAGGGAGGACUUUCUCAUAGCCCCCAGGCGGGAGUUAGCGACAAGGAAGGAGAAAACUUGGCUAACGCUGGAAGCUGCCCCGAGGCCGUGGCUCAAUGGAUUGGGCAACUAGGAAAAUACAAAAGCUCCGGAGCAUGCACCAACCCCCCUGCCAACGCCCCGGCAGGUACUGAGGAGGUCGCCCAGCUCAUGUGGCAAAGUACCUCUGCUGUCGGUGUUGGGAUUUCAGGCAACGUAGUGGUUGCUCGCUAUUUCCCUCCAGGCAACUUCCAAGAGGAAUACGAGUAUGAAGUGAAAUGCUAGAUAAAUAACAGCAUGGCAAAUCAUCUGACCCGGAACAGGCAACGGCGAAAGAAUUAUGAUUCUCAAUUUUCAAAUAAAAAUAGUCGAUAGUUUACUGACUAAGACACUUGUAGUUCGUGUAGGAUUCUAAUAAACCACUAGCGAUGAUAUGAGCUCAAGCAUU